AUGUCCCACCAGUCCGGAUGCACCCCUGCUAGCUUUCGUCACCUACCCUCGGCCUCAAGUCCUAUUGUUCACGAACAUGUACGACAGGCCUGGCGCUUGUGGGUUUUGAUGAGCGACCCUGUUGGAUGCUACAACAUUCUCGCAGAGGUGGUGCAGCGCCAUCCAAGUGAUCUAUUUGCUGUAAAGCGUGGGCAUAUUAUGGGGCUCAUACUUGGCGAUGGACAAAAAAUGCUGGAUAUUGUGGAGAUAGCUGCAGAGAAGAGUGGGAAGGCUGUUCCUCCCCCCAAGUACUUGCACGGCAUGUGGGCGUUCGGUCUUGAGCAGCAAGGCCGCUACCAGGAUGCCGAAAGGAUUGCAAAGGAAGGCUUAGCCUUUGAGUCCAGUUUGGGGCCAGAUGCCUGGCUUGACCACGGGAUGGCUCAUGCUUUGUAUUUUCAAGGCGAGGGGAGACUGGCAGAUGCGGAAGAAUUCUUAAAACAGCGAUGCAGCAAUUGGUCAAAGGAGGCACUGCAUCCGUUUCUUUACACACACUGCUGGUGGCACCUUGCUCUACUGCACUGUGAGCGGGGCAACUUUGAUGACUGCUUGGCGAUAUUUGAUGAGAGACUCUGGCCUGAAGGCUCCACUGGCUUGGAGCAAGGCAAAGAUCCGCAGGUUCAGUUGAAUGCGUUGAAUCUGCUUUGGCGGCUGGAGCUGAGACAGGUUGCAGUCCUUCCACGUUGGCGACGAGUUCUCGAAGGGUGCAAAGGACUUUCGUUGCCGAAAGACGGCGAGAAAGGUGCUUUGCAGCACAGUGAUUUGCUGCUUGACAUCCUUUUGAUCCGAGGGCUUUGCAUAGAUGCGAAGCAGGACUCUCAACCGUUGGAGUUGUUCCUGACCGCAGCAAAAGCUCAUGCGGAGGAGAUGGCGAAAGGAGCGGCUGGUGCAGAUGGCAGAGCCGAUGCCUAUGGAAGCCUGGCGCGUCUUGUUGCAGAAAUCUUCAGACCUGAUGUGCAAGAUACAUCAGAAAAUCUAGAUCGCCGUGCAAAGGCACGCGACGACGUGUGGGCACUGAGACCACAUUGGGGUUGCCUUGGAGGAAGUGUAGAGCAACGAGGCAUACUGCUUGAGGCAGUCAAAGGCCCUGUGGUGUGUGGCGAGCCCAAGUCCUGA